AUGCUCAAGUUGGGGUUAGUCGUCGCUCAAAAUGGACAGGACGUUCGAACCAUCCAAAGUUCGUUCGUACUCAUCUCCGUAGCAGCUUCGAACUUGGAUGCUGCAGUUCGGAGUGUAUCGGGUGAUCCGGUUAGCACGCAAGCCCUCGGACCGGCAAUGCAGGGAGUGGAAAAUGCUCUGGCUCAAGCACGCACCGAUAUCUCCACCACCCAGCCGAUUUCGAUCACCGAUGGAAUCGCCCUUCAGCAGACGGCCGAGACGCUGGCCAAGAGUGUGAAGAUUAUGGUCAUGUCCACGAUGCUACAGCGAACGAUGCUCGAUCAGACUGGAGCGACAGCCGGACUUAUCCAGUCUUUCAAGAAUCAGAACAUGCUCUCGGGAGCUCUCGGCCAAGUUGUUCUUUCGAAACUGCCCGCGGAGGGUCUAUCGGGGGCCAUGAUGGCUUUUGGUGGAGCUGCCGGGUCUAUCGGAAUGGGAAUUGCGUCGUUGAGCGCUCCUCCUUUGCAGCUGCCGUUGAUGCCACCGGGCCCUUCUGGUCCACCUGCGAUGACUCCCCCGUCUGCACCUGCUGGCGCUCCCGCUCCCGCUGCGCCAGCUGCUCCGGCUAUGGCACCGCCGGCCGCUGCUCCAAUCCCCGCUUCACCCGCAGCUCAACCCAACACGACAGCAGGAAGGAAGCAUGCGAGCAAGUCGAAGAAAAGAAACUUCUUCAGUUGA